GGUACUAUUUUCGUAGUCUUCGAGGUUAUGGUUUGUCUGGAUGCUCACAAUAUGAAUCGAUCAAAGUCUGAACAAAACACUGAAUGUUCCCAUUGUCUGAACACAUAUUUUACCAUGUCUUCUUCUCGACACAUUUCUUUCGUUGCUCGUGAAAUAUUUCCUGCUUGCCUGUUAGCGGGCAUUGGUAUGGUAUUCGCAGGCUGCUAUGUUGAUAUGCUGAAGUCUUCCGGUGUUUUGGGUUCGAAGGGAGUAAACAUUUUCGAGAUCAUCCCGCCUGUUCUUGGACUCAAGGGGAAUUUAGAGGUUGCUCUUUCCUCUAGACUAGCUACGGUGGUUCACUUCCAUAGAAAGUUCAGUGAAAUAUCAUCUUGGCUGUUCACAACCACUUUGGCCUUCAUAUUGAUUCUUGCAAUUUUCGCAAGCACAAUUAUACCUUUAGUGAUUGUAACUGUGCAUAUUUCCACAUCAAGUAUAUCUCACUCUUCUGAUGACAUUAUUCACAUUGUUUGCAUUUCAUCAGUGACCUGCAUUUGUGCCACAUGUUUAAUAAGUGUUGUUGUGUAUGGAAUAGUCUGUGUUUGUGUGUUUUUCGGUGCGAACCCUGACAAUAUUGCCCCACCAACAGCCGCCGCUUUAGGAGAUCUUGCAACUGUUGUAAUAAUGGCACGUGUCCAUUAUUACUUUAUGCUACAUCCAACUUUUACUUUCACUGUUGCUAUAUCCAUGACUUCCAUCGUUUUUAUUCUUAGCAUAUCCUAUUUAUUGUAUCAUUCCAAUGUCAAUUUGUCACCAGAAUUUCAAAGUCUUGUUAUUACACGCAGUACUUUUAAGGAAACUAUAAUUCCUUUAAUUUUUGCUAUUCUACUGAGUAGUAUUAGUGGAAAUAUUUCAUCUCGGUUUCUGGGUGAUUUGCCAAUCGUUGCUCGCCUUCAGGUCCCGAUCAAUGCUACAUGUGUCAUGCGUUCAAAAUCGUGUCCACAGGUUUCUGAUGAUAGAAAUCUACAAUCUGAUGUUUUUGAUUUUCAUUCUUCAUCAUCAUAUUCGACCACAGGAACAACUGGAUCAUGCAGAAAAUUGCGCGAAAUUUAUACCGAUGUUUCUCAAAUAUCUGGACUUAUACGGCUAUUAUGUGUCCCAGUUCACUUUAUCUUGACUUUAAUCAGCGUAGCUGUUAGCUACUAUUUGAACCAAAGAAUUUCACAAGAGAAUAGUUCAUUUUCUCUACAACUCAACGUUUUAAUUCCCUAUAUCUUGGCUGGAUUUAUGCAGAUAUGCAUACUACUUGUAUUCGCUAAAUGGAUUGUUUUAAAACUUUGGAAAAGUUUAGACUUUAUAAAACAAUUCAAUUCCACUACUGUCAAGAACACGUCUAUAUCCUUAGCUUCACUUGAUUUUUCUGCUAUAGCUAUGACUACAGGUUUAGGCGAUUUGUUAGGCACAUCUUUAUUCAUCUCCUUUCUAUGUAUAAGUAAAUGGUUGAUGACUGAGUUGAAUUAUACCCCUUAUUUUGCCUAAUAUUUUCAACAGUUGACUGAUUGAAUCUCUAUACCCCUAUUCUACAUUAUUUACUCCUUAUCUUUUUAAUUAUUUUCUCUUCCUCAUUCAUUGUUUUUAUAUAUGCCGUUAGUUGAGUGAGUCAUUAUUUCUUAUAUAGCUUGUUACUUUGUUAUCUUGAAGUUGAAUUAUAUUGGAUCAGCUUUAUUGAAGAUAUUUUGUUGUGUUUUAUUGUCUUCUAUAACUGUUUAUUACUCUUUUUUUGUAGAUGUCUGUUUACUACAUUGUUCAAGUACUGCAAGUCGUAUUGCAUCUGGAGGUUUAUUAAUUGAUUUCAGGUUGCAAUUCAUCAUGGACUGAUAUCAGUUGAAAGAACAUUGGAAACCUGGGGAGAACUGGACAGCUGUUGCAUCUUAGUAUAGGACUUUUCAGCAAUGCACACUCAUGACUCCUCCAGGGAUCGAACCCAAGUUACCAUUGAACCACUGGGUUGGAAUCCAGUGGUCCACAUUUCCUACUUCUGUCAGUUCAAGAUAUAGAGUGACCUACACCCAAUGUCAUCGUUGAGUAACUAUCCUCAUGUGUGACUUGGAUUCCGACUCAGUGGCUCAAUGGUAACGUGCUGGUCAUCGAAUCUGAAAGUCCUGUGUCCGAUCCCUGGUGGGGUCAUGGAUGUACGCUACUGAGGAAUCCCAUGCUAAGACGAAACAGCUGUCCAGUUCUUCCAACUGAUGUCAGUUCAUGAUGAACUCCAACCUGAAAUUGUGUUGUGUUCAAUGUUGAGGAUAAUCUUCCUGUAUAGACAGAUAAGUAUACAUAAAUUGUGCAUCUAAAUUGAAACCUCUUGUUAUUUUAUUCUCUUACCUUCCAUAUGUGUGUUUUUAUUUUAUUUGUAUUCAUGUUUUUUGGUUAGUUUACAAUGCUUCUUUUUUGUAUUUUUGUUUAUUAUCCAUUCAGAUUACACUUUCAUUAAAAAAUCUCGGUGAACAUGUUUGUUUUUUUUGGUAAAUAUUAUAAAUAAUACUAAUAAAAAAAAUCGAAUCGUUUUAGGAAACGAUGUUGAAUUUUGGUUUUAUUUUAAUGUUAUGGGUUAA